AUGCGUGCGGUUAAAAAAGAUAUACAGAUACUUUUGAACAUCUGAGAUACAUUCGCUGUGAACAUUUCGUGUGUGUAUUGCGUAUAAGCGGCGUGUUUGUCUUGGCCAACCAAAUGCAGUUAAUGGACAGCAACAUGUUUGCCACACACUGCGCAUGCGCCUAAAAGUAUACACGACCUAUGUGCUACGUGGGUGGGCAACGCAUUUAAAGGACAAACGUCUGUCGGGAACAGUUAAAGGACAUUGAAAUUUCUAGCGUAUUAUUCAACAACUUUGGCAUUGCAAAAUCAAAAGAAAACUAACUAAUUUCAUCAGUUAACGAACCUAAACAAAAGCAACGCGUUAAAUAAAAAGAAAACACAUAUCCACAAGUGACAUAAUACACAUCAAAAUAAAAACAAAAGCAUAAAUUAAAUAUCAAUUUAUUUAUAAAACAAAUAAUUUUAACAAAUACAUAUCCGGCAAUAUGUCAACCGCAUCUUACAGCAAUUCAAGUGGCGAUGAGCCUAAUAAAAAGGCCGACGCCCAGAAUGAGGAGAGCUCCCACCUGCUGGAGGCCACCGAAAAUGGUGCCAAAUAUGGUUCCCGGCAAGCGGUAAAAAUAGUCAAAACUAAUGCCAAUCAAAGUGACAAUGCCAGUCUACAAGAUCAGGAGAAUCUACUUGGCAACAUGGUGCACACGGCGGAGAAUAGGUCGAGGGUCUUGCCACAAUAUGUUGCAGCCUUGGCAGCAGCUGGCGGCGCCUUCGCGGCCGGUACACUCCUCGGCUGGACCUCGCCAGCAGAGACCCCAAUCGUUAACGGUUCCACCCACUAUAAUUUCGAUGUCACCAAAGAGGAAUUCUCUUGGGUCGGCGCAUUCAUGACUCUGGGUGCCGCCUGUGUGUGCAUACCUAUUGGGUUUCUCAUCAAUCAAAUUGGACGGAAAUGGACAAUGCUCUUGUUGGUGCUACCCUUCAUCCUUGGCUGGGCCCUGUUGAUUUGGGCACAGAAUGUGGUCAUGAUGUAUAUUGCACGUUUCAUUCUGGGCAUCGCUGGCGGUGCCUUCUGUGUCACAGCUCCCAUGUACACGGGUGAGAUUGCCCAAAAGGAUAUUCGCGGCACCCUCGGAAGCUUCUUUCAAUUGAUGAUCACCAUUGGUAUCCUGUUUGUUUAUGGCAUUGGUGCCGGUCUCGAUGUCAUGUGGAUGAGCAUCGUUUGCGGCAUUUUGCCAAUUAUCUUCGGUGUCAUCUUCUUCUUUAUGCCGGAAUCACCCACUUAUUUGGUUUCAAAGAAUCGCUCGGAGGCUGCUGUACAAUCGAUUCAAUGGCUGCGUGGCAAGGAAUACGAUUAUGCACCUGAAUUGGAAGAACUGCAACAGAGUGAUCGCGAGAUUCGAGCACAACAAGUCAAUAUCUUUGCAGCACUCAGCCGUCCCGUUACCAUUAAGGCAAUGAGCAUCAGUUUGGGCCUCAUGUUCUUCCAGCAAGUGAGUGGUAUUAACGCUGUUAUCUUCUACUCCGAGAGCAUCUUUAAGGAUGCAAAUACUGGAAUCAGCACCGGUCUGUCGACAAUUUUGAUUGGUAUCAUGCAAGUGGUGGCCACAUUUGCUUCCACAAUUGUCGUCGAUAAGCUGGGACGUCGCAUUCUCCUCCUCGCAUCCGGAAUCGUAAUGGCUCUGUCAACAACCGCAAUCGGUGUGUACUUCUUUUUGAAGGACCAGAAUGAGGAAAACGUGUUGAAUCUGGGCUGGCUGCCUGUGGCCAGUUUGUGCAUAUUCAUAAUCAUGUUCUCCAUUGGCUACGGUCCGGUUCCAUGGUUGAUGAUGGGCGAAUUGUUUGCCACCGAUAUCAAAGGAUUUGCUGGUUCGAUUGCCGGUACUACCAACUGGGUGCUGGCCUUUGUGAUUACGAAAACAUUUAAGAAUCUUACCGAUGGCUUGGGCAGUGGCCCCACCUUCUGGCUUUUCGCUGGUCUUACCGUUGUCGGUGUCGUCUUUGUCUUCUUUAUCGUGCCCGAGACGAAGGGCAAGAGUCUGAACGAGAUUCAACAGGAGCUGGCAGGAAAUCGCAAUGUCUCCGAUUUGCAGCCAGCAGAUGGUGCAAAGAAGUAAACAAAGUCGAGCUCUGUUAAAUUACAUUAUUUUUACAUUUUACGUUAUGUUAAGUGCAGGUCAAGUUCCGUUUUCAAUAGAAUUUAAUCUAUUUAUGUAUGUAUGUGCACAGCAGGAAAGACAGAGAGGGAGAGUUUGCAAGAAUGAAGACUGAAGGUGAAGUGCAUAAUAGACAGAUAUAAAUAUAUGUAUGUUAGGGCUCUGUUAAGUUACUGUUAGCGCAUUGUACACUUUUCGCCAUCAUACAGUUAGUCAAGUAUAACAGUGCAAAAGAAAAACAUUUUCUUGGUUUUUUACUUAUUUUCUAUAAAUGUGGUUCUUAGAACAAGUUAAAAAAAAAAAGAAAUACCUUGACUAGCUGUAUGUUUUUCUCUGCUAACUUCACGCGGCCAUAAGAAAAGACAAUAGAUUGUAACAGUAAGUGCUAUAAAUAUAUACACACAUACUCAACUCU